AUGACAUGACAGACACAGUGAGCCUACAGCUUCCUAGAAAAGGCAGUGUAACCUGGCUAUGCCACACACAGGCCGGGGCCACGAGGCGGGCACAGCCACACACACACACACAGGCCGGGGCCACGAGGCGGGCACAGCCACACACACACACACAGGCCGGGGCCACGAGGCGGGCACAGCCAUACACACACACACACACACACACACACACACACAGGCCGGGGCCACGAGGCGGGCACAGCCACACACACACACACACACACACACACACACACACACACAGGCCGGGGCCACGAGGCGGGCACAGCCACACACACACACACACACACACAGGCCGGGGCCACGAGGCGGGCACAGCCACACACACAGGCCGGGGCCACGAGGCGGGCACAGCCACACACACACACACACAGGCCGGGGCCACGAGGCGGGCACAGCCACACACACACACACACACACACACACACACACGCCGGGGCCACGAGGCGGGCACAGCCACACACACACACACACACACACACACAGGCCGGGGCCACGAGGCGGGCACAGCCACACAAACACACACAGGCCGGGGCCACGAGGCGGGCACAGCCACACAAACACACACAGGCCGGGGCCACGAGGCGGGCACAGCCACACAAACACACACAGGCCGGGGCCACGAGGCGGGCACAGCCACACACACACACACACAGGCCGGGGCCACGAGGCGGGCACAGCCACACACACACACACACACACACACACACACACACACACACACAGGCCGGGGCCACGAGGCGGGCACAGCCACACACACACACACACAAGCCGGGGCCACGAGGCGGGCACAGCCACACAGCCACACAGCCACACACACACACACACACACACACAAGCCGGGGCCACGAGGCGGGCACAGCCACACACACACACAGGCCGGGGCCACGAGGCGGGCACAGCCACACACACACACACACAGGCCGGGGCCACGAGGCGGGCACAGCCACACACACACACACACACACACACACACACACAGGCCGGGGCCACGAGGCGGGCACAGCCACACACACACACACACAGGCCGGGGCCACGAGGCGGGCACAGCCACACAAACACACACAGGCCGGGGCCACGAGGCGGGCACAGCCACACACACACACAGGCCGGGGCCACGAGGCGGGCACAGCCACACACACACACACACACAAGCCGGGGCCACGAGGCGGGCACAGCCACACACACACACACACAGGCCGGGGCCACGAGGCGGGCACAGCCACACACACACACACACACACACACACACAGGCCGGGGCCGCGAGGCGGGCACAGCCACACACACACACACACACACACACACACAGGCCGGGGCCGCGAGGCGGGCACAGCCACACACACACACACACACACACACACACACACACACACAGGCCGGGGCCACGAGGCGGGCACAGCCACACACACACACACACACACACACACACACAGGCCGGGGCCACGAGGCGGGCACAGCCACACACACACACAGGCCGGGGCCACGAGGCGGGCACAGCCACACAAACACACACAGGCCGGGGCCACGAGGCGGGCACAGCCACACAAACACACACAGGCCAGGGCCACGAGGCGGGCACAGCCACACAAACACACACAGGCCGGGGCCACGAGGCGGGCACAGCCACACACACACACAGGCCGGGGCCACGAGGCGGGCACAGCCACACACACACACAGGCCGGGGCCACGAGGCGGGCACAGCCACACACACACACAGGCCGGGGCCACGAGGCGGGCACAGCCACAAACACACACAGGCCGGGGCCACGAGGCGGGCACAGCCACACAGACUGGGGGCAGGAGGCGGACCUGCUCAUGCUGCAGCCAAAGCUAAACUAACAGUCAAGUCUGUAAAGGCAGUUUGCCACUUGGCACAGAAAAUGACAGAGGACAGCUGAGUGGAGGAGGACUGGC